ACACAAACAUUAUUAGCUCAUUCGCUUUCCCAUGCCUUGGCUUCCCUUCUUCCCCAAUCCCCUACCUCUCACUUCAUCUUCUCCUGGCUGCUGCCAUACAUACAUAAUAGCAAGCCAGGAGAGUUGGUUGGUGUCACCAAAGGUCAUCAAGGAUCAAGCUCUCUCCUGUUCAGCAGCUGCAUACCUCCUCAGGCUAGCAGAUCUUCCUCGCACCAACAGAUGCUUCGCGAGAUCUUUUUCAUCACCAGACCAGCAGAGGAUAGCGAGGGCAUCUGAUCUGCACUUCCCGAUUUGAUCUAACUGCGGCAGCUGCCUCUGAUGCUGCGGGAGCUGGAGAAAAUCCGUCCGGGACCCGAAAAUGCCACCGGAGCAAGCCAAGAAGAACCGUCGAAGUCAUGGGUGCAGCUCGAGGCCCGCAACGAGCUAGAUCAGGCCCGAUCGGGACCGGAGGAUGGCGCUGGUGGGCCAAGCGAGGGCCUUUCUCUGUCGGUGCUGGAGCAGCCGGAGCAGCAGAUCCGGUCGAUUCCGGAGGAUGGCGCCGGGGGGGACGCGGCGGUGCCGGAGCAUCAGUCGCGACCGGAGGAUGAUGACGCGGCGGUGCCGUUUGUGCGGAUGGAGACCCAGGAGGUUGCUGCCGGGCCGAGUGGGGGCCCGUUGGCGUCGCUGCAGAUUGAGGCGGCCCGGCAUAUUCACUCGGGACCAUAUCAGGAUGGCGCCAGGCCCAGCAACCCGUUCCCGUCCUUGCAGCCUCAGGAUCGGGAGAUAUUGCAGCAGCUGGAGCAAAUCCGCCUCAACGGCGAUGUCGAUGAGCAAUCAUCCCCUGAAUGGACGCGGCAGCCUGCAGACAUCUUCCAGGAAAGGCACAUCGCUAUGGAUCAUUCAAGCAGUGGGUCGCCAAGGAAAAUACCAUUCCAUUUAUUACAAGAAAUUACGGAUUGCUUCUCCGAUGAACGCAAGCUUGGUAGUGGUGGGUUUGGAAAAGUCUAUAUGGGAGUGCAUAACGAUGGGGAGAAGAUUGCUGUCAAGAUGCUUCAUUACAUGCUAGGAUUUGAGGAGGAGCAAUUUCUAAAAGAGUUUAACAACCUUGCAAGGCUCCAGCACCCAAAUAUUGUGCGACUUGUUGGUUAUUGCUAUGACGUUCAGAAAAAUAUAGUGGAGUACGAAGGAAGACUAGUUUUUGCUGAAAGAAUUUAUAGGGCGCUCUGCUUCGAGUAUAUGCAUCAUGGAAGCCUUGACAAAUAUGUUUCAGAUGAAUAUCCUGGACUUGAUUGGAACACACGCUACACACUAAUCAAAGGGAUUUGCAAGGGUUUGGAGUACCUUCAUGAGGAAUUGAAACCUCCUAUGUAUCAUUUGGACUUAAAACCAGCUAACAUAUUGCUGGGUAAGAACAUGCUGCCUAAAAUUGCAGAUUUCGGCUUAUCAAGGUUCUUUGGGGAAGAACAAACACACAUCACAAAAAGUUCUAUAGGAACACGUGGAUACUUACCUCCUGAAUACAUAGAGAGAAACAUAGUCUCAAGCAAGUUUGAUAUAUUUAGCUUGGGUGUUGUUAUCAUAAAAAUAAUGACAGGACCUACAGGCUACAGAGAAAGUGCUGAAAUGUCUCCCCAAGAGUUUAUUGAUCUUGCACACAAGAACUGGAGGACUAGACUACAGGCAACAUCAAUGCACUUGUUCGAGUCAUAUUCAAAACAAGUGAAGAGAUGCAUGGAAAUAGCUUUAAGUUGUGUGGAGGUCAACCGGCACAAAAGGCCAAGUAUAAGGAAAAUUGUCAAACAACUGAAUGAGACAGAGAUUAUGAUUCACAAACAACUGAAUGAGAAAGAGAUUAUGAUUUACAGAACCCGACUUCGUGACCUGUCAAGUUAUGACCAAGGGUCACCGAUGGAUCAGGACAGUGAAACCAUUGGACUGUGCACAGAAGCUUCCUGCAAUUCUAGAGGGGUGAUAAGGCAGGGAAUGAAUGCAACCAAGGUGGGAUGUGUUGGGAAGUAUGAGCUGGGCCGGACCAUACGUAAAGGCACAUUUGCCAAGGUCAAGUUUGCGCGGAACAUCCAGACUGGCGAAUUUGUAGCCAUCAAGAUCCUAGAUAAAGAGAAGGUCCUCAAGCACAAGAUGGUUGAGCAGAUUAAGCAGGGAAUUUUGGCAAUGAAGUUGAUUGAGCAUCCUAAUGUUGUUCGCAUAUACGAGGUGAUGGGAAGUAAAACAAAGAUCUAUAUUGUGUUCGAAUAUGUUACCCAUUGUGAGCUCUUAGAAGACACCAUUGUUAAUAGGGGUCGAAUGAGGGAAGGUGAGGCAAGGAGGUACUUCCAACAAUUGAUCAAUGUGAUUGAUUAUUGUCAUAGCAGAGAUGUAUAUCACCUGGAUUUAAAACCUGAAAUAUUACUGCUAGAUUCACGUGGAAACCUGAAGGUAUCUGAGUUUUGGCUGCUGGGCGCACUAUCUCAGCGAAUCAAGAUUGAUGGAGAGCUGCACACAACUAAUGGGACUCCAAACUAUGUUGCACCAGAGGUCCUUGAAGAUAGAGGCUAUGACGGUGGAACGGCUGAUGUGUGGUCAUGCGGAGUUAUCCUGUUUGUUCUGCUAGCAGGGUAUUUACCUUUUGAGGACUCUAAUCUUACGAGGUUGUAUAAGAAGAGAAUAACAAUCCCAGAAAUACUAGAGGAUGAGUGGUUCAAAGAGGGCUACAGGCGCCAGGAGUUUGACAAAAAAUAUGACCUCACCACAUUGGAUGAUGUGAAUGCUGUCUUCCAAGAUUCAAAAGAGCACCUCGUGACAGAAAAGAAAGAUGAACCAGUAUCUCUGGAUGCAUUCGAUCUGAUUUCAUCAUCAAAAGGCUUUAACCUUGAAAACUUACUUGACUCAGAGCAGGGGUUCAAAAGAGAAGAAAGGUUUACAUCAACUUGUCCACCCAGAGAAAUUAUCCACAGGAUUGAGGAAGCUGCAACAACCCUAGGAUUUAGGGUUCAGAAGAAAAAUUACAAGUUGAGGCUCGAAAAGAUAGAGGCAGGGAGGAAGGGAAACCUUAAUGUUGCUGCUGAGAUACUGCAAAUUGCACCCUCUUUUCACGUGAUAGAAGUCAGAAAAGAAGAAGGUGACGCUCUGGAAUUUCAUAAGUUCUACAAGGAUCUUUCCAAGACCUUAAAGGACAUUGUCUGGAAAUUCGAUGAUCUCUAAAUGCAACCAACUUCUUAAUAGAACCAGGAGAGAGGAAAGAUGGAAAAACUAUUUGCAUAUCAUUCUUCCAAGCACAUUCGGAUUCGAUAGCCUGUAUUGUUCACCAUUUCUGUAAAUUGUUGUAAAUGCCGCUUGCUGUAGUUGAAGGGAGAUUCAUCGAUACAAUUAUCUGUGAGCCGCUUAAUCCAUGUUAGGAAAAUUCUUAGUCGCAACUAGAAAACUUUUGUUUGCCUUGCAUGUCAUUGAAACAGUUUUUUUUUGUAUUCACGCCACUGCUGUUAAAACUGUUUAUAGUCUCUCAGCUCCGCUAAACCACAUGGAGAUCGAAAAAAUGACCGUUUUGUCCUUGCUCUCUAUUGGACCUGUUUGGUAGCACUUAUUUGCAGGUUGCAGCUUAUACGAAGAAGAAGAAAAGAGCAGAGAUUAGAAGGAUAUAUAGACCAUGGAUGGGUGAGGAGCUGGACUUGCAUGGAGGAGAGCCGUGGGAUCGAUGGAUAGAUUUUGCGCUUGAUGGCUGAGUUGGGAGGGUUAGAAAAGGUACAAUACAGGAUCCCUUAACCGGCGAGAGAUCCCACUAGCACCGAAGAUCAUCUUCUCGUCGAACCCCACACAACUGCUGCUGCUGGACCAUGGCUGAGGGGAAGGAUCUAGUUAAAGCUAAGUGGUGUUCAUCAUGGUGUAUUAUAGAAUAACCAAAGAGCAAUGGGUCUGAUGGGUUGUAACCA